AUUCCUUCUUCGACUGCUUGUGUUGUGUCGCGAUUGUCCUAAAGAGUUUUCUUCGAAAAAAGUGAAAAUAUUUCAAGAAUUUUAAUUCCAAGACUACGAAUUUGGAAUCAUGGGCGACCGGAAUAGAGGUAGUGGAGCUAGAGUUUACGUUGGAGGACUGAGCGAGUCCGUGAGGAAGGAGGAUCUCGAAGGAGAAUUUGAGAAAUACGGAAAGCUGAACUCCGUGUGGGUGGCAGUCAACCCACCGGGCUUCGCUUUUGUCGAAUUCGGCAGUAUGACUGACGCCGAAACAGCUUGCGAUAACCUGAACGGCACUGAUUUCUUGGGCUCCCAACUGAAAGUCGAGCUUGCCAGAGAGCGAAGGGGAGGCCCCCGUGGGGGUGGUGGUGGCGGCGGAGGCCGAGGGGGCGGUGGCUUCAGGGGGGGCAGAGGAGGCAGUGGUGGAGGCCGAGGUUUCGGUGGCGGUGGCUACGGAGGUGGUCGAGGGGGCGGCGAUAGAUUCGGAGGCCGAGACUUUGGUCGGAGAAAUGACUCCUUCUCGAGAGAUGGAGGAUAUGGAGGUGGUGGCGGCGGUGGUGGUGGUGGAGACAGAUACCGCUCCAGGUCACCCGGCGACAGGUACUAGGGAGGGGUUUUCAAGAACUGAUUUCAUUUUUAGAUGGUAGAAUGAUAUUUUUUGUUUCUUAAUGAUUAUGGUUGUGUCAACUGUAUUUCAAAUUGUAUUUUUAGGAUUUGUAUUCUUGGAGAAUUGAAUACCAUAUUCUUUUACUGUAUUUGUCCUCUCACUGCAUAUGUUAUUAUGUAGGUACCUAAUUGUGAAUGGAAGAUUUGAAACCAGUUCACUUUUUCUAAGCUAUUUUUUUUUAUGUCUUGAAAUAUUUUGGUUCUAUUCAGAACUUCAUUAAUGAUACCUAAUUAUAGAGAUGUAAAAAUACCCAAUUGCUACUUGAUGUAUAGAAAGAACAAUGAGGAAAAUAAAUGUUUUCUUUGAUAUUCC